GAUUAAUAUUAAUCCAACAUUCACCACCUAAAACCCUUUGAAAAUUGAAAACUUCAAUUACAAUUCAAGCAUUGAUGCGGUUGCAGGGUUGAACCCAUCUGCAAGAUAGAAUUUAAAAUCCCUUCAAGGAAGAAAGGGAUUUUAAAAUUACAAUGAAAGAAACAUGAGGAAAACAGAGCAAGAAGAAGGUUUUAUUGGGAUUAGAAGUGUCGUUAAUUAAUUCCAGACUCCAAGGGAUGGGUGAUGCUUUCGACAAAAGCGAAGCGAAGGGAACAGAAACUUAGCAGCAAUUUUUGUCAGAAAUGUUUUGAUUAGUGAGUUGGUUGGUCGGGUCCCGCGCUUUUCUUGGACUCCACUGGAAGGCUGGAACUCUCCGGCGCAUAUAAAUGAGGAAGGCUUCCCUUUGCUGCUUCACAGGUCGUGUUUCCAGAUCCAGAACCAAUCAAAAGCAUAAGAACCCUCCUCAGCCUCAGAGAUCUGAAGAGAAAAUGGAGAACCCAUCAACGAAAACUGAAAAUGGCAGUGCAGAGAUUGUGGAGCAAAAGAUGAUUAAUUCAAGCAGCAUCCCUGCUGCUAAUAUCAUAAUGAACCAUGACUUCUCCAAUGGGCUGCAAUCUUGGCACCUCAAUUGCUGCCAUGGUUUUAUAGUCUCAGCUGAGCCUGAUUUCCCAGAUGCAAUGCCAAUGAAGUCAGGUGGUAAUUAUGCUGUCAUUACAAAUCGUACAGAUUGUUGGCAGGGCUUGGAACAAGAUAUCACAACAAGAAUUUCCCCUGGUUCUACAUACUCAGUUUCUGCAUGGGUUGGAGUAUCAGGGCCGCUUCAUGGAUCUGCUGAUGUCCUGGCAACUUUAAAGCUUGAAAAUCAGGGCUCAACUAGCUAUCUACUUAUUGGAAAAACUUCUGUGUUGAAGCAGAAGUGGGAAAAGUUGGAAGGUACAUUCUCAUUGUCAACCAUGCCUGAACGGGUUGUAUUUUAUCUAGAAGGGCCUUCUCCUGGAGUUAACCUGUUUAUAGAUUCAGUGGUUAUUACGUGUUCCAAUUUAGGCCAGUCUGAGAGUACAAGCACAGCAUGUGUUGCCACUGGAGAUGAGAACAUCAUCCAAAACCCCAACUUUGAGGAUGGCCUCAAUAAUUGGUCUGGAAGGGGUUGCAAGAUUGUUUUACAUGAUUCUAUGGCAGAUGGGAAAAUAGUUCCACAAACUGGAAAGGUUUUUGCAGCUGCAACAGAACGCACACAAAGCUGGAAUGGAAUCCAGCAGGAGAUCACUGGAAGAGUGCAGCGAAAGCUUGCUUAUGAUGUAACAGCUUUAGUACGGAUAUUUGGUAAUAAUGUCACAAAUGCAACUGUACAGGCCACCUUAUGGGUCCAAACCCCAGAUGGUCGAGAACAGUAUAUAGGCAUUGCCAAUGUGCAGGCUACGGACAAAGUCUGGGUACAAUUGAAUGGAAAGUUCCUUUUAAAUGGUUUCACCUCAAGAGUUGUGAUUUAUUUAGAAGGUCCACCUCCAGGCACUGACAUUCUUGUCAAUAGUUUAGUUGUAAAGCAUGCAGAGAAAACCCCUCCUUCACCUCCACCAUGUAUUGAGAAUCCUGCUUAUGGAGUUAAUGUAAUUGCAAACAGCCAACUAACUGAUGGCACCAAUGGGUGGUUUCCUCUUGGUAACUGCAAUUUGAGUGUUGCAACUGGUUCGCCACAUAUACUCCCUCCAAUGGCCAUAGAAUCCCUUGGAGAUCAUGAACCAUUAAGUGGCCACUAUAUCCUUGUGACAAACCGCACACAAACUUGGAUGGGCCCUGCUCAGAUAAUCACUGACAAGCUGAGACUUUUCUUGACAUACCAAGUGUCUGCUUGGGUUAGAAUUGGUUCUGGAGCAAAAGGUCCUCAAAAUUUGAAUGUUGCACUUAGUGUGGACAACCAGUGGGUAAAUGGGGGACAGGUUGAGAUAAAUGAUGAUAGAUGGCAUGAAAUUGGUGGUUCCUUUAGAAUUGAGAAGCAACCAUUGAGGGUUAUGGUUUAUGUCCAGGGUCCAGCUCCAGGUGUUGAUCUAAUGCUUGCUGGACUUCAAAUUUUCCCUGUUGACCGAGAGACGAGGUUUAAACAUUUGAGAAGGCUAACUGAUAAGAUCCGCAAACGAGAUGUCAUCCUCAAAUUCUCAGGAGUCGAUUCAUGCAGCUUGUUUGGAACCUUUGUGAGAGUUAGACAAACACAAAAUGCAUUUCCCAUUGGAUCUUGCAUUAAUAGAACAAACUUAGACAAUGAAGAUUUUGUUGAUUUCUUCGUGAGACAUUUCAACUGGGCAGUGUUUGGAAAUGAGUUAAAGUGGUAUUGGACAGAGCCACAACAAGGAAAGUUCAACUACAAGGAUGCUGAUGACAUGUUAGAUUUCUGUCAAAAGAACAAGAUUGAGGCCCGAGGUCAUUGUAUCUUCUGGGAAGUGGAAUCUACAGUCCAGCAAUGGGUUCGAUCACUCAACAGAAAUGCCUUGAUGACAGCCGUUCAAAAUCGUCUUACAGGCCUUCUCACACGUUACAAGGGGAAGUUCAGGCAUUAUGAUGUAAACAAUGAGAUGCUGCAUGGGUCAUUUUAUCAAGACAGACUGGACAAAGAUAUCCGAGCAGACAUGUUUAAGAAUGCACAUCAGCUAGAUCCAUCUGCCAUCUUAUUUGUGAAUGAUUAUCAUGUUGAGGAUGGAUCUGACACUAGAUCAUCCCCAGAAAAGUACAUUCAGCAAAUUCUUGAUUUGCAAGAAAAGGGAGCACCUGUUGGAGGGAUUGGCAUUCAGGGACAUAUAGAUAGUCCUGUAGGACCAAUUGUUUGUUCUGCUUUGGAUAAACUGGGUAUCCUCGGUCUACCUAUCUGGUUUACAGAGCUUGAUGUGUCUUCCAACAAUGAAUACAUUAGAGGAGAUGACUUGGAAGUUAUGCUUCGCGAAGCUUUUGCCCACCCUGCUGUGGAAGGCAUAAUGCUAUGGGGAUUCUGGGAGUUGUUCAUGAGCCGGGACAAUGCAUAUUUGGUGAAUGCAGAAGGUGACAUCAAUGAAGCUGGUAAAAGACUCCUUGCUCUUAAACAAGAGUGGUUAACUCAUUGUCAUGGCUAUAUCGAUGAGCAAGAACAAUUCCAAUUCAGGGGCUUUCAUGGUACUUAUGAAUUAGAGGUCAUUUCUGUUUCCAAAAGGGUUCUAAAAACUUUUGUUGUUGAAAAGGAUGAGUCACCAAUGGUUUUGUCCAUUGAUCUCUGAGUUUUUCCUUGCUGUUAUACGAUGUAAAAUCUCUUCAUAGAGAUUGGUGGUUUGUGAAUUGUGAUUGUCAGUUUGUUUCCUUUAAAGAAUUCAAUCAGAGAAAUACAAACUAAAGUAUUGU